UUUGGAGCGGAAGUUAAGCUGUUGUUCAUCCGCCAGUGGAGGUUCGUCGUUAGAGGAACGAUGGCUAGCAAUGCUGCAAAGCAAGCCACUAAAAUUGUCCCCAAAACAGCAGCGGCGGGCACUGCCGCUGCGGGGGCCAGCGGAGGACCCCCUGUAAUGCCCCUUGCCUCUCCGCUCAUGGGGAAAAAGAAGAAGCCAUUUUUGGGGAUGCCUGCUCCGCUGGGCUACGUUCCCGGUCUAGGCAGAGGCGCUACUGGUUUCACCACACGGUCGGAUAUCGGUCCUGCUCGUGAUGCCAAUGAUCCUGUUGAUGACCGUCACGCGCCUCCGGGGAAAAGGACGGUUGGGGACCAGAUGAAAAAGAAUCAGGAUGAUGAUGAUGAAGACCUGAACGACACCAACUAUGAUGAGUUUAAUGGUUAUGCAGGGAGCUUGUUCUCCAGUGGGCCUUAUGAGAAAGAUGACGAAGAAGCAGACGCUAUAUAUGCAGCUCUGGACAAGAGGAUGGAUGAAAGACGCAAAGAAAGAAGGGAACUGAGAGAAAAGGAAGAAAUUGAAAAAUAUCGUAUGGAGCGACCAAAAAUUCAGCAGCAGUUCUCAGAUCUGAAGAGGAAGCUGGCAGAGGUGUCAGAGGAGGAGUGGCUGAGCAUCCCUGAAGUCGGAGAUGCACGGAACAAGCGUCAGAGGAAUCCCCGCCAUGAGAAGCUGACCCCCGUCCCUGACAGCUUCUUCUCUAAACACCUGCAGAGCGGAGAGAAUCACACCUCUGUUGAUCCGUUGCAGGGGCUGGGAGGACUGAACACACCGUAUCCAGGAAACAUGACCCCUGGUCUGAUGACUCCUGGGACAGGAGAGCUGGAUAUGAGGAAGAUUGGCCAGGCCAGGAACACGCUUAUGGACAUGAGGCUCAGUCAGGUUUCUGAUUCAGUCAGUGGACAGACUGUUGUUGAUCCCAAGGGUUACCUUACAGAUCUCAACUCCAUGAUUCCCACCUACGGAGGAGACAUCAGUGACAUUAAAAAGGCUCGGCUGCUGCUGAAGUCAGUGAGAGAGACCAACCCCCACCAUCCACCUGCUUGGAUUGCUUCUGCCAGGCUGGAGGAGGUGACAGGCAAGCUGCAGGUGGCUAGAAACCUGAUCAUGAAGGGCACAGAGAUGUGUCCAAAGAGUGAAGAUGUGUGGCUGGAGGCUGCAAGGCUCCAACCUGGUGACACAGCUAAAGCCGUGGUUGCUCAGGCUGUCCGCCACCUACCGCAGUCUGUCCGCAUCUACAUUAGAGCAGCUGAGCUCGAGACAGACAUCAGAGCCAAGAAGCGAGUCCUCAGGAAGGCUUUGGAGAACGUGUCAAAGUCAGUUCGACUAUGGAAGGCAGCUGUUGAGCUUGAGGAGCCAGAAGAUGCCAGGAUCAUGCUCAGCAGAGCUGUUGAGUGUUGCCCUACAAGCGUAGAGCUGUGGCUGGCUCUGGCCCGUCUAGAAACCUAUGAGAACGCCCGCCGUGUCUUGAAUAAAGCCAGAGAGAAUAUCCCCACCGAUCGCCACAUCUGGAUCACUGCUGCCAAGCUGGAAGAGGCCAAUGGCAACACUCAGAUGGUGGAAAAGAUCAUUGACAGAGCCAUUACUUCUCUGCGGGCCAACGGUGUGGAAAUCAACAGAGAGCAGUGGAUACAGGAUGCAGAGGAGUGUGACAAAGCAGGCAGUGUGGCCACCUGCCAAGCGGUUAUCAGGGCUGUCAUAGGGAUUGGCAUCGAGGAGGAGGACCGCAAGCAUACGUGGAUGGAGGAUGCAGACAGUUGUGUGGCCCAUGGAGCAUUAGAGUGUGCCAGGGCCAUUUAUGCCCACGCCCUGCAGGUGUUUCCCAGCAAGAAAAGCGUUUGGCUACGAGCCGCCUACUUUGAGAAGAACCACGGCACCAGGGAGUCUUUGGAAGCCCUUCUGCAGAGAGCAGUAGCUCACUGUCCCAAAGCGGAGGUGCUGUGGCUUAUGGGCGCCAAGUCCAAGUGGCUGGCCAAUGAUGUUCCAGCUGCAAGAAGUAUCCUUGCUCUUGCUUUUCAGGCAAAUCCCAACAGUGAAGAGAUCUGGCUGGCUGCCGUCAAACUGGAGUCUGAAAAUAACGAAUACGAAAGAGCCCGUCGACUGCUGGCCAAGGCUCGCAGCAGCGCACCGACAGCCCGGGUAUUCAUGAAAUCAGUGAAACUGGAAUGGGUGUUGGGAAACAUAGAAGCUGCUCAGGAGUUGUGCACUGAAGCUUUGAAACAUUAUGAGGAUUUCCCCAAGCUGUGGAUGAUGCGAGGCCAGAUAGAGGAGCAGUGUGAAAACAUGGACAAGGCCAGAGAGGCUUAUAACCAAGGGUUGAAGAAAUGUCCCCACUCGGUUCCUCUGUGGCUGCUGCUGUCUCAUCUCGAGGAAAGAGUCGGCCAGCUGACCAGAGCCAGAGCGAUCCUGGAGAAAGCACGACUGAAGAACCCGCAGUCCCCUGACCUGUGGCUUGAGUCUGUCAGGUUGGAGUACAGGGCUGGAUUGAAAAACAUAGCCAACACAUUAAUGGCCAAAGCUCUGCAGGAGUGCCCAAAUUCAGGCAUCCUGUGGGCUGAGGCCGUAUUCUUGGAAGCCAGACCCCAGAGGAAGACAAAGAGUGUGGACGCUUUGAAGAAGUGUGAACAUGAUCCUCAUGUCUUGCUCGCUGUGGCAAAGUUGUUCUGGAGUGAGCGUAAAAUCACCAAAGCCAGAGAGUGGUUCCUCAGGACAGUAAAGAUUGAGCCCGACCUGGGAGACGCUUGGGCUCUCUUCUACAAGUUUGAGCUGCAGCACGGCACAGAGGAGCAACAGGAAGAGGUGCGGAAACGAUGUGAGAAUGCAGAGCCUCGCCACGGAGAGCUGUGGUGUGCCGAGUCCAAACACGUCCUGAACUGGCAGAGGAAGACAGGAGAGAUUUUAGCACUGGUCGCCAGCAAGAUUAAGAAUACAUUCUGAAACUUUGAAGAAUCCCUGGAGGACUCUGGCACUCACCAGGAGCAGCUAUGGACAUUCUUAUUCUCUACCUGGACUUUCCCAGCUCACACAAAAUUCAUUUUUUUUAGGUUUAUCAUUUUACAAACAUGGACUUUUUUGCAGAAAAUAAUGACGAUCUAAAAAUGACAUAGGUCAUGCUGGAUCCAUAUGGAUAUGACUGUAGUAACAACAUUCGGUAAAAACCAACAGUUUUUGUGAACUAGCCAUUGGGUGACUCAGCAUCACAUGGAAUAAGGUCUUGGCUCAGACAUUUAAGGUUGUUAAUUUUUUAGGCUUUUCUCAUGUUUGUCUUGUUGCAAAGUAAACCCCCUCAGCAAUUUACUUAACCUAAUGAUGUUCUCUGUGUUUCUUUUUUUUCCCCAGUAAUUUCAUUAUCUUCCAGGAAAAGCUUUAAAACACUUAAAGCUUUGAUCCACAUCAUAAUGCUCCUACCUGUCAGUGAUAUUUUAUAUGUUGGAAAUAAAAAGGAUUUUUAAAUA